AGGAGGGACACAAAGAGGAGGCGACGGGGGGAUGGAGCCAAAACUGGCAACCCUGCUUCAACUGCCAAACGCUGUCUUGAGGUGGCUGUGACAGGGAGAGGACAUGCCAGAGGGAGACGAAUAGAAGCUUGGGAAUUCUCGCCACUUUGUCAUGGGACCUUGGGGGUCGAGCAAGUGCCACCGGCGCCACUAGUCAAGCAGUAGAGGAGGGAAGACACACCGCUGGAAGCAGCACAAGCCACGAGGCUUCUUCGAGGCAACAGGAGGAGACAGAAGAAGAAGAAGGCGAGGGGGGGGACACAUCCACGGUGCAAAAGGAACGUUUCCAGCGCGGCCCCUUCCACCGACGAGAUUCCGCCGACCUCGUAGGGCCAGAGAGAUGAAGAGACCUCACGAUUACAGCUCAGAGUCGGACACGGACGAGCUGAUUGAUGUGGGACAAGAGGACGGCUACUGCCCAGUCACCGGGUCCAUGUCCCCUGGCAGCACAUCACAGAUUCUGGCGCGAAAGAAGAGAAGAGGGAUCAUUGAGAAGCGGCGCAGGGACCGCAUCAACCACAGUCUGUCGGAGCUAAGGAGGCUGGUACCAAGCGCUUUUGAGAAACAGGGCUCCUCAAAGUUGGAGAAAGCCGAGAUUCUGCAAAUGACUGUGGACCAUCUCAAACUUUUGCAUGCCAUGGGAGGGAAAGGGUACUUUGAUGCGAGGGCUCUGGCGGUGGACUACAGGACUCUGGGUUUCAGGGAGUGCGUCGGAGAGGUGGUUCGGUACCUCAGCUCCCUCGAAGGAGAGUCUCCAGACCCGAUAGGCGCCCGCCUGGUCACCCAUCUCUCCCACUGCGCAAGCGAGCUGGACCCACUGGUUCCUCAGUCACCCCCGAGCUCCGCUUUGCCCUUCCCUCCUUGGCCCUGGGUGUCCUUCCCCCAGAUGUCGGCCUCGUCCUCGCCGCCAUUCCCCAGCGGACGACGGGAUCUCACCUUGAUGGGAAGCUACCCGCCGGCCGCAGCCCUACGUCUCGCGCCGCUGGCCGGCUGCCAACGGGGGGCGCCGCCCCUGCUGGCUCCCACGGCUCUCGCUACCGUUCACAGGCUGCCAUCCCCCGCGCCAUCUCCAUCCUCGGGCCCCCCGAGGCUGGCGCAGGUGUCCCCGCGGAACACCUCCAGGAACUCACCCCUUCCGCCCGCCCCUUCCGCUUCCUCUCCAACCAGCGCGCCGGCACUCGUCUCUUUCAGACCCUUUGCUCCUCUGGUGUCUUCCGCAGUCCAGCGUCGGGGCAUCGUUGGAUCGGGCAAGUCAGCCCAAGGAUGGGCGACCGAAAUUGGAGCUUUUUGAGGCCCGUCUUUUUUCAAAAAAUGAAAUGACCCGCGCAAGGGACACCAAAUGCCGAUGUAGCAAAUGAUGCAGGUGAUCGAAGGACAUUUAAGGACCGUCUCUUUCUUUAAAGAACUCUACAAGCCAUAUCAGACUGAAAAUUUCAGAUAAUCGCCAACAAAAAGUAUCGAGGAAUGAUGAAGACAUUUGUGAGCAAAUGGACGACGACCUUGAUUGUCAAACAGAAUAUCCAACAGAGUCAUAUGUUUCACAGAAAAUAAUGGUUUUCAGCUGGGUUGUCUGUAUUAGUUUCCAAAUCAAUGACACAGAAAAUGAUGGAAAAAGAAAGUUUUGGGGGGGGGGGGUAACAGGACAUAAAAAAUAAGUGCCUUUACCUUUUGGUUGUGUAUUUUGCUGUCAUUCCCAAGAAUGGGGGCGGCGGGGUGGGGGUUCUCCAGAGUUGCUGUCCUGCAGGUUUUUGAUUGCAUGUUUUCUGUGACACCCCCGAUCCAAGCUGAAAAGCUGAUCAUUUGAAUCAGGUGUGUUGCAGGAGGGACACCCCGAAAACAGGCCGGACAGCGGCCCUUGAAGACCGGAGCUGGACACGCCCCCCUAAGGAGCCCUUUUGUAGCCUCAUGUUUGGCCCCAAUAUUCCUUCUGAGUCCUUUUUCAUGUUAUGAUGACCUCUUUCUCAAAGUAUUGUCACUUUUCUCUACGUCUUUUAAAAUACCAUAAAAAUGAUGAACUCAUUUCCAA